GGAUGAGAYAAGGCUAGUAGGUCUCUGUGUGCAUCAAACUAGCUUUUACUUGUACAUUUUAAAUAAUGAAUAUGUAUAUACAGUCAGAUAAAGGUAUUGGUAGUGAUAUUGUAUACAAUUCAAGGGACCUGUGGUGUUGAUCAAAAUGAUAAUAUCCACCCUCAUCAAUAUAUUAAUCUAUCUGAUUCGACUACUUGUGUCUACUUCUGAUGAAGUCAUGUUCCUGUAACAUUUGCUGCAUGCUGAGAAACCAAAUGACUGAACCACAGAGUUUCUGAACCAUAUUUGACUGAACUGUGUUCUUGCUCUACAUAGACAUUUGAUUAUCGURCAAAUACUGUAAUUAAUUUGCCAUUCAAGCUGUAAAAUCAAUAGUGAAGAAACUGCUGGAAGCUGUGCCCGCUGUGUCCUGAGGUUCUGCUGCUUGGGGGUGCAGUCAGCCUACCGCCAGUCUUAUGAGGAUACAGCAAAGGAGCUUUGUGCUUUCAUCAGUGAUUCAGAGAAUAACGAAUCCCAAGAUGCAGCCGUGCUGGAGCAGCACACAGAAGACCCCCCUAGUAAAAAAAUCAAGAUGGAUGCCGCGUAGACGGACGUCCAAUCAAAAGGCGACUCUGCCGUGGUUCGCACGGUGAUGGAGGAAGGCGACGCCAAGCCAGCGGACUCGGACCUGUGUGCGGUGUGCCUGGGAGUUCUACAGGAGUUCUGUGAUGAAGCCUAUGCCAUAAAGAUAUCGGAUGUGGUGAAGGCCAAAAACUACCAGUUUGACACGAUGGUACUGUCUGUCUCCCUGCCGGCCCAGCUGUCUGUCAGAGAGCACUCUUGUUGGCUGCAUAUAAAGAAGGAAGUGAGGGAGAAGUCUAUAUGCCUCGAUAAGGAUGAUGUCAUCCAGGUGAAGGAGGCCUUCAAGUGGACCAUGCAGGGUCURAUGUCCAAAGAGCUUGGUGGCGUACCUGUGGUUACCAAGAUCAGUCGACAAACUGAACAGUUUGAGGUGGGCGUGGGGUUCACACRUCCAGAGUCGGACUCAGACUGCCACUUCCUGGCUGGCAUCUGUUCAGACUGCUUCAGACCAACUAAGAACAAACAGAAUGUCUUCACUAAAAUGGCCGUGGUCAAAGGCCUCGAGAAGGUUUCCGAUGAGAAGUUUCUAAAAAAGUUCCCCUGUCCCCCUACACAGCCAGCGAGGAAAUGCAUCGCUCAAGAGGUCCAGUGUCUUCACGUUUCUGUAUUUGUGGCGGGGAGGUACAACAAGUUCUCCCGCACCCUGCCCCAGACCCCCUGGGUGAUUGACGGGAGGAUGGAGUCCUCGGUGGAGGAGCUAAUCGCCGCACCCCUCUCGUCUUUCCGGGCUGAGGGGUUUAAUUUCUCCUCCUCAGGAAGGGAGGACGUGGAUGUGCGUACGCUUGGAAAUGGUCGUCCGUUUGCACUGGAGCUGCUAAAUCCUCACAGAGCCAGGUUCAAUAAGGCAGAGGUCCGACAGCUGCAGGAGACCAUCAACCAGUCCUCAGACAAAAUCAGAGUACGAGAUCUACAGAUUGUAAGCAGAGAUGCUAUGGGCCACAUGAAGGAGGGUGAGGAGGACAAGACCAAGUCGUACACCGCCCUCAUAUGGACCCAGAAAGCUAUCGACAAAGACGACAUCACGUUCUUAGAGGAAACCAAGGAGUUGAAGCUAGCUCAGAAGACGCCACUAAGAGUGUUGCAUCGCAGGCCGCUGGCCGUCAGGGAGCGCGUCAUCCACACCAUGAGUACAUGCUUCCUGGACACGCAUCACUUCCACCUGAAGCUGCGCACGCAGGCAGGGACCUAUCCUUUAUACAGAGAGAAGCAAAAUAGUGAGAUACACGAAUAGUCAUACACAAACCCAMACACAAAGGGAGAUAUUAAGGUUGAGAGACAUUCACAGUGAUAUACUUCUACACACACACAAUAACAAAUUAAUAAAUUUUCUUUUUUUAUCAUGAACGACUCACCCAAUGUCAGUACCUUAACUGUUCCCAGUUACAUCAAGGAGUUUGUCCACGGAGACUUUGGUCGCACCAAGCCCAAUCUGUGUGAUCUGCUGAAGACUGAGACUGAUAUCCUAGAGCUGGACRUUGAUGUGGGUAUUUUUUUUUAAAGUUGACAAAUGUAUCUACCUUUUUGUGGGAUAUUAAAAGAAGACACUGUGCACAGUGAUUAUUGUAUAAAAAAUAGCGAGACAGUUCUAAAGUUCAUUCAUAUUUAAAGGGAUAGUUAAGCAUAUUUCGAUAUUUGUUUCCUUACCUUGAAAUCAGUCCUGUGCUUUCAAGCUAAGGAAACAAAUAUAGAAAAUUGCUGGACUAUGAUUGAACAUGCAGGUGAAUCAAAAGGAUUCUGAUGAGUUUAGUCUUUCUCUCACUGUGCGUUCCGCAGUCUGUAGAUGUGGACUGGCCACCCUCCAUCCCAGAGUGAGCCUCGUCUCACUGAUGCUGUUGAGGAUGCCAAAAGGAGCCCUAGUUCUUUCUGAUGGGCCAUACCUCCACCUAUUGGGCUCCGUUCCACUAAUCUCUAGAUGAUAUGGAGUGUCAAUAUAUUUGUUUGGUUUUUCUUUCAAUACAGAUGAUUUUGAAAUGACUGAAUCUGUACAGCACGUGCGCUGAGCUGAGGCCUUGAACUGAUCUUAGAUAUACAUGUCUUUGAGAGCCAUAGCAGGGACUGGGUGUGAAUGGCACCGCUGACAGAAAGAACUACAAUCCAAGUUAAUUGCACUCACCUGGUGUCCCAAGUCUGAAUUAGUCUCCUAUUAGGAGAGGAUGAAAACCAGAAGUGUUUCGGCCCUCCAGGACAGACAUUGAACAGCCCUUUUAUAGAGCAUAGCGGUAGUAUAUGGUCAGUAUUUUGUGUGUAUUUCCCUCAAUUGACUUACAGAGGUUUUUGUUCAGCCUUAAAAUAAAUUGUUUACCUAUGGAUUGUCCCAUAGGCAAAAUGCUAUACUUUUUUUUGUAUGAAUGAAAAUAUUUGAAUGUGAUGUCUCCCAUCAGCGUAAUGCUCCCCUAUUGUACAUCCCAUCAAAAUAAAGGUCUGGGACAUGUUCAAUUGUGCACACAAUGGAAACAUUUUUGGAACGGAAAACCAAAACAUUUUGUUUCAUAUUGGACAAGUCCAGGUAUGGUGCUUUUCCAUUUUGACUUACCCCCACACCAAUGUGUCGCCAGUGUUUUAUGUUAAAGGGAAACGUGAGGAUUUUGGCAAUCUACUUCCCUGGAGUCACAGGAACUCAUGGCUACCAUUUGUAUGUCUCUGCGUGCAGUUUGAAGGGAGUUGCUAACCAUUGCUACCGCAAUUGCUAACUAGCGUUAGCGCAAUGACUGGAGGUCUAUGGGUAGCAGAUAGCGCAAUGACAAGGUCUGGGUAACGCUAGUUAGCAUUUUCUCGUGAAACUACCUCUAGCUUCCUUCAUAUUGGACAGAGAAAUUGUCUCCACAAGUUCAUGUGACUMUGGGAAAGUAGAUAAAGGGUCUCAUUGCCAAAAUCCUGAUGUAUCUCUUUAAUGUAAGCUGUAGUGUGUUGUCCAUCAGGUGUGUGACACUAAAGACUUGUGGCGAGCAGAAUCACAAACCUCUGCAUCAUUCAAGACUGUUGCUUUUUGAGGUGUAAAAGUUCAGAGUUAACCAUUUAUGUAAAUCCAAACUUAAAAAGUACCCAGUGCCUUGGCUCCAAGUCAGAGCAGGUCCGUCGGAGCAAUGGCCCAGUGAGACACGGGUGUCAGCCCACGUAGAUGGAAAAUUUGAUUUACCCCAGUGUUUUACCCAAAAACAUAUCAGUGGAAAUGCGCCAGUAGUUUCUUCCUCCCGGUUUUAUUUUAUUUGGUUCCUAAUGAACAUAACCCUGGAUGAGACCCUUGCUGAACAUUGUUUAGGGUAUUGCUUUCCAAAGGGUACACACUCAUUGAAAUAUCAGAAGGGGGAUUAAAAUAAAACACUGAUUUACGCCAUGAAAAACCCUGAAAUGUAUUCUUUAAUUUAAUUCAAAAUAAAUACUACCACGGCAAUGCAAGUUCACUAUUGGUUUCUUGCCCUAAUGUUUUGGUAAGAAAACAAACAAGCAAACAAUCCAAAAAACAAUUGGAUAAAAAAACAGACUUUAGUAAUGCAUCCAACAAUAUCAUCCUUCAGCAGCUUAAAGAGAGGUGCCUUUGACUCUGAACAAGACUGGGUAACACUGCCUAGAA